CCCCAACCCCAGCCGCCAGUGCCCCCCUCAGGAUCCUCGCCGCCAUGAUCGAAACCACCGUCGCCGCUCGCCGAAGCCUUGUGACGUCGCCUCUCCGAGGACACUGCCACCGUCAGUCUGGCAGAGAAAGAGGUUCCCAUCAACCCGAAAGGCGGGAUGUAGAAGAAAUCUCUUCAACCAACCCACCUCGAGCCGAUCGACCGUCCGCACCCUGUCACACAACCAAGGGGAUCCCAAACAACUCGAUGGAAUGGCUGACGAAAGAGGAAAAGGGGAGACGAUCUUCUGUCUUCGAGCUCUUCAGAAUCGCAUCCGACGCCAAAGGCUGCAACUCCGAACCACCAAGAUCUGCAAGGUGAGAGCAAGGAGGUAGACAAAGGAAUGGAGGGGAGAAGACAAGCUAGAUCUAAACAAGAUCAAGCCUCCUUGCAUCUUAGAAGAGAAGAACAUCUCUAGAUCUGAAUCAUCAGAACAGAGGAGCAAAAAUCAACCCAACUGAGGGGGAGCAGAUCAACCCACAAGGGGGAAAAGACACAUGCACAAACACAAGCAACAAGGGCUGGAAAAAGAAAAAGAAAAGGAAACACAGCAGGAAAAAGCAACGAGCUGGAAAUGAAAAAAGUGGCGGAAGGUUGCCGCCGGUUGCCGGAUAGGCGCCAACGGCAACCCCUGAACUGCCUAAAAAAGAAGACCCUUUUAGAGAGAGGUGAGAGGAAAAAAAAAGGGGAGAGAGAAACAGAAGACUUCACAAGUUUUUAUAUAAAUAACAAAAUACAGUAAGUACA